AUGGCAUCAGUGCCGGGUGUCGGGGCCGGGCUGUCCUGGGUGUCGGGGAUGGCAUCAGUGCCGGGGGUCGGGGCCGGGCUGUCCCGGUAUUACAGCUUUGUCCCGAGCCGUCCCAGCCUACUAAUCCUUAGGUCUUGCUUUGUCCCAGGCAACACAUCAUUUAGCGCGGUAAAGGUGCGUGUUUGUUUUUCUUCUCCCCAGAAAGCAAUCAAGGAGAAGGACAUACCCAUUGAAGGCCUGGAAUUCAUGGGCCCAAGCAAAGGGAAAACGGAGAACUCCUCUUGACUUCAGCUCUUCCCGUGGAGUCACUAACAUGAGCCUUUGGACUAAGGAACCUAACCACACAAAAAGACUAGAUGCCACCUGGAAAAGGCCUUUGUUAAGCUGCUUUCUCUGUGUAGCCUUUUAGGAAGCAAGUACUCUGCUCUGCUUGUAAAAACACCACCACCACCACCCCGGAUCACGUGGUAAUUACUGCCCCCUUUUCGAUGAAUGUUGGUGGUGACUCAGCAUCUAACUGUGAAAAGCCUUUUUAACUAACUUCCUAUGUGAAUGUACUCUGUAAUGGGAGAAUGCCUGUUAGGAUGGGUUGAGUUACUGAUCUGUAACCGAUUUCUCUUGCUUAUUUAUAUAACACGUCAGAACAUUUAAAAAGAGCAUGAAGGCGAUUGGUUUACUUUGUCUCAUCUCUGUGCUGCUGACUUGUGGAGAAAGGGGCUUGGUUGAUAUGAUCCUGGAUGCUGAGGGGCUACCACGUUGCUUUGUAUCGAUGCCAGAGAUGUUAUAAAAGCACUUAUGCUCCGUGUGCAAUAUCCUAGCUAAAAUAAAUAUUGAUAACCAGGCUA